GCAUAAAGCGGCCCUCCCGGCCCCCGCCGCCUCCGCCGCGCAUGCGCCGCGAGACGGCUGGCCGGGGAGGCGAUGGGCGCCGCGGCGGCCGAGGCGGACCGGACCCUCUUCGUGGGCAACCUGGACCCGCGCGUCACCGAGGAGCUCCUCUUCGAGCUCUUCCACCAGGGAGGCCCGGUCAUUAAAGUAAAGAUCCCGAAGGACAGGGAUGGGAAGCCAAAGAUGUUUGCGUUCGUGAAUUUCAAACACGAAGAGUCUGUCCCCUAUGCCAUGAGUCUGCUCAACGGGAUCAAGCUUUUUGGAAGACCUCUCAAAAUUCAGUUCCGAUCAGGGAGUAGUCACGCCUCUCAGGAUGGCAGCUCACCUUAUUCCCAGCACGGGUCUGCUAAUGGAAGCCCCUCCAGUGUGUCACAGUUGCCGCCCAGUUGCAACAGUAGGUACGAGAGGAGUGUGGAAUGCGUGCAGGCGGUGCAGAGGUCCUUCUCGUCUCCCGAUAACCUCCAGCGGCAAGUAUUGAUGAGCAGCGUGGCGUGGCAGCAGUCGCAGUACAGCGGAAGGCACGGCUCUCCGCAUUCGGAGCCGUCGGGCUUCGCCUCACCCGGGCACCAGCCGAGUUACACCUUCAGCCCGUCGUCAGCCGCGCCGAUGCCGUGGCGCCCAGAGGGGGUAUCGGCCCAGCGCAAGGUCCGUGUCGGCUCCCACCCGUAUCAGGCCGACAGCCGGCAUUACAGCCGGGAGCAUCCGCGGCUCAGCGACGGCGGGUCCGAGCAUCAUUUCCGGGGCGCCCGGGAGGAGUAUUGCCAUGACGACAGGAACUAUGGAGGCUGGAGUCAUGACUACGAUAACCGGAGGGAGAGCGGCAGAGACGGCAAGUGGCGCCCCUCGCGUCACUAACUAGUAUUCGGAGUGGAUUUUUAAAUAACUUCCCUUGGGAAAGUUUAGGUUCUUGUUUCCUUUGAAGAAGUAGAUUUCCCCCCCCCCCCUUUACAGAAAGCUUGUAGACAGUAACUUCAGGAGUUACCUUUUAAAAUCGUUUUUUUUACAAAUAUCAGCUGCAGUAUGGUUUCGGGAGCGGUGGCUUUGUCACAAUUGUAUUAACCUGCCCCUCGGGAUUUAUUGGGGGGGGAGGGGGGGGAGGUGUGCCACACAUUAAAAAAAGACAAAUAAGAAAAAGGAAUCAUUGUACUUUUAUAGUAAAAGAAAACCGCUCUGUCUGGUUGGCUAUGUUUUGAAAUUGAUUUUUGGUAUUUUUGUAGCCUGUGAACAGAGCGCUCGUCCACGGUGGUGCGGGUAGCGAUUCUGUGACAGGGUUCCAUGGAGCGAAACGCCCCAUGGGCUGUCAAAAUGCUGGAGUCAGUGUUUUCCUCUUGGAAGAAAAUGUUGCUUUUGAACAGUUGUUGUAUUAAAGAAAGAUCUGGCUCGCUCAGAGAGGUGGGAGGAGUGGAUUCCUCGGAGGACUUGCUAAUCUGUCCUAGAGGAGGCAUUUAACCAUAUUGCCAGCUGCUUUCUCGGAGCCCCUGGUCUUUUAAAUCGAAUGAGCCUGCAGUAUCCUACAAGACGUCUUUCGACUAAUGUAAAUGAUUUUUUAAAAAAAAUCUCAGGAAAUGACUGCAUCCCUCUGUGCGUCCCUUUUCUGUAUUUAAAAUAAAAAGAACCUGUUUGUAAGACAAAGCGGAGAAAUACGAUCUUUAUUUAAGGCAAAGCAGGAAGAUGGUAAGUAUUUUGUGGCCGUUUCCCUCCCCUCGCGAACAAGCAUUUUGCUGUUUGCU